CGCACUUUCUCAUACUCGAAUAGCUAUCGGCCAAGUUUUACCUUUUUUUUUCUAUGACUUUUUUCGCAAUCAUUGCCCACCGUCAUUGGUAUACUCUCGACCACCAGUAGUUUUUGCCUCAGCUUUUUGUCAACGUCCGCUAUUAGUUUGUUCAGUCUUUCCUUGUUGUUUAUGGUUAACAUCAUUGUUCAUAAAUUUUGUACUGUCCAGUAAAGUGCGAAUGGCCACGAAUAGCUGUGAGCUUGAAACACGUUCGACCGCCCAGUGCUUUAGUGAGUGUGUUCUUUCUUUUUUUUGAAUAAAAAGUACCGAUUCACACGACGGUGAAACACCAAAAUCGGGUACUUGUCGAUGGUUGCCUUAGCGUUGCUAUAUACGUUCGCCAGAAAACCUGCUGCCUCAGAGAGCCAAGAGUUAGCCUGCCUACGCUAUAUACCUGCCUGAUGCCAGUGGCACCGUAAGGUCGUCGGAGUGAACGGCCCUACCCUGUAAUCGUACUUUCCUCUCUCUUUCUCUCUCUUUCUCUACCUGAGAAUCGCACAAACAUAUAAUAUUUGUGCGUUUGCAUAUAAGUACAGUCUCUGGAUUCGUACAAGUAUGGGUGCGUGUGGUGUAGAUAUUUAAAAAAAAGAGAGUCACUUGCAUGGUGUACUUUGAUAUUUACACCAACAUUACACACAAGAGUUUACGUAAAAAAGUGCUCACCUUCGCCUUAGAGGAAGGAAUUUCCUGGUUCACGGGAUCGGCAGUGUUGAUGUCUCGAUCGUUCGAGCUUGUGCUACAGUGUUGAAACCAUCCCAUGGUGAAGAAGUUAUGUGCGAAACAUCCGCGGCUCGGCUUUGUUGGAUUUACCUCAUCGACAUUUCUGUUGCUGCUGUGGCUGCUACUAAUUUUGCUCGACAGUGAGAAGGUGGCACGAAGCGACGCAAGAUGGCUUCAGGAGGGGGCGGUACCCGUGACGUCCCGGAUGUUCACGACGUCGAUCUGAUCGACCUGGAAAGUGGAGUGACCUGCAGCAGCAGUAACAUUGCCAGCCGAACCCCCUCGUCAGAUGCUACACCCGAGGAGCAAGAGCACUUGCUCGACGUGUGCCCACCCAAACUCGAACAGAAGCUCUCGUUGACGAGACGAAGCCACGACUUUCACCUCAGCAGUGCUGAUGAGUCCAACGACGGCGUUCCCACAGGCAGCGUCCUUGUCACACUGGGCCACGACCAGGUGGUCCCCGUGAGGAAGAGAAUCGACGUUGUCUCCUCGGACACGAUUAGACGGGUGCGCGACAUCACCAAAAAUCUAGAACCUGUGAUCAGGCCACAUAUGCUGGAAGAGGAGGACCACACCGCUGAACCUAAGCCAACGAUCGGCCCCUGCGAGGAAGACGCCUCGUACGAGGCGCGCGAGAUCAGCGAUGCAUUCAAUUUCCUAUCGGAGCUCGAGGACAACGACGAAGAUGAAGAAGAGGAGAAAGUACCUUGCAGGCCACACGGUGGCUACCCCUUGGAGCCGACCUGCCUGAUCAAGAACCCGAAGGACCAGUGGCGCGAGGCAGCCACGCUCGCCAGCCAGGACUUUGUGUUCGACAACCAGGGGUUCGAGUCCUCGCCACCGGGGGCCGACUCAGCUGCGAAAAAGCAGUCCUCGCUGAGCUUUGACUUUGACGGUUUGAGAGUGGCGAGGAACUCGUUCAAGAGACUGAGGUCGUCGUUCACGUGCUCGGUCGCCUCGGUUGGAUUGGACACGGAGCCCUGGAGGAAGAGGUCCAAGAACUGCAACUAUCGGAAGUCCUGGAGCGAGGGUUCGGUCUCGCGACGGAGGAACAAGGCUGAUGAAGAGGCCAUUGCCAGGAGGUUACGGACUAGCAGUGCCAGCUUCGACGAGAAGAAACUGGAGGGAAAAGAGAAGCUCACUGGCAGAGGAAAGUCUUCGUCGUCCAUUAGGGCAUCGUCCUCGGGAUCGGUAACCAGCGGCGGCACGAGUCCCUCAUCCUCGUCCCCCCCGUCUUCAUCGUCAUCCUCGUGCUCCGAAGUCGACUGGUCAUGGGUGGAGGAGGUCGAGCCCACCGUCGACCAGCAACAACAACAGCCACCGAUCGACGACUCGCCGAGCCCAAUGCCCUGCAAGCGGCGGCGACGGCGCCUCGACCCCCCCACCCGCGCCGCCGGUGAAGGAGCCGCGAUGACAGCAGCAGGGGCCGCGCUAACCGAGACGGGCGGACGCAUGCGCGGCCCCGAGACUGCCGGCAGGGAGAGCCGCGCCAGUGUCGCGAUGUCCGUCGCCGCGGCGGGAAAGUCGGACGCGCCUGUCGCCGACGUGGUGCACGCGCUUGAUAUUCAUGUUGUACAGCAGCACCAGCAACACUUGGACGCAUUGACGACGACUGGCAACGCUGAGGCUGCUCUACUGAGGAGUGCCUCCAACUCGGAGGGAGGACCCCAGCAUAAUGGGACCCUCGCUGAUGUCGCCAGGGUGUCUGCACCUGCUCUCAACGAGGGGAGUACCAGCGGCACUCUGCCAUGGUUGCGGGCCUCGAUGUGCCGCCUGCGCCAGUUGCGACUGCCCGACGGCUCCUCGGCAAGCGUCUCGGCGCCCAACUCCCUGCCGGACAUCGCCCUCAUCGCCCCGGAAAUCCUGGCCGCGCAGACAAACGACACUACCGGUGGUCUCCUCAGGCCGUCGAGCGCGCCCGCGCCCACCCGGGGACGAUCAGCGGCAAGUCCGGACUCGAGUGCCGUAAGUCCUCGGCGUGGGCGCAGGAGCGUCGCGUCGGGGUGUAGACAACAGCCGGCCCGAGCCGCCACGGGUGCUAGGAUGACCGGCAACUUGGCCACGGACUCGGCGACAACGACUUGCGAUAGCAGCUCCGGCACCACCAUCACCGUCUCGAGCGGCGCCUCCAGUCCAACUGGUAGUCCUCUGCGUCAGACCGGCGCCACCAACUCCUCCGCGUCCUCGCCCAGAAGACUGUGCGGCCAAAGAGAUGUCGAGAGGGAUGAGGAGAGGGCCGAGGACGACGACGAGGACGAGAAUUCGCUGGGCAAGUGGCCGCACGCCCUCAGCUCGGCGUUUGCGUGCCUCGGCUGCACGCUCGGGCUCUUCAACAUCAGCCGAUUCGCCAUACUCAGCAUCCAGUUUGGAGCCAACUUCAUCACGCAGUUCCUGAUCCUGUCGCUGGUAAUAGGCAUACCCCUGCUGACGCUGCAGGUCUGCCUUGGCCAGAGGCUGUCCGCGGGCGUCGUCGACAUGUGGAAGAUAUCGCCCCUCUUCCAGGGCGUGGGCAUCGCUCUGCUCGUCGCCCAAGCUUUCAUUGGGAUUUACAGCAUAGUCGGGAUCUCUUGGAUGCUCGUCUACUUCAGGGACUCGUUCAUAACGAAGCUGGACAAGUACCGGUGGUCGGAGCCGUUCCCGCUGUACCGCGAGGACGCGAGGGCGUCGGCAUCGAGCAACGGCUCCGGGGCCACUGGCAACGCGGCCCACAACCACAGUGGCAGCGGCGGCGGUACUCCCGGUGGCACCGUCGGUGGCUACGGCAAGCUCCCGGAGACGGUGCCCGACUACUUCAAUGGCGUCGUCCUGCAACGGCUCCACCUCAACGACCCCGACCCCGGCGUCGUCACCCUCAAGUUCCAAGUGGCCUUCAACCUUGCCGUCGUCUGGAUGGUCGUCUUUGUCUCGCUCAGCAAAGGUCUAAGAUCUUACGGCAAGGUCGUGUACGUGUUUACGGCCCUGCCGGUGUUCAGUAUGCUGUUGCUGUGCGUCAACUUACUGGGUGUCACGCCCACGGGCUCCAUCAACCAGUUGUUCCCGGCCACGGCUUGGAACGAGUUUUUUGUCAACGGGCGCUCCUGGGCUGCUGCCGCGUCCGAGGUUUUUCUCACCUGGGGUCUACUCGGCGCGGCUGCCAUGCAGGUAGCUGCGCACAACAAGCACAAGCACAUGCUGCAGAGGGAUACGAGUCUCGUGAUCGUGUUGACUUUAAUGGUUUUGCUUCUGGCGGCUUUUCUCGCGAACACCUGCGUGCAGAUUCUCAGGAAUCAUGGCUACUAUUAUGUCACGAGUUCGUUUGAGCGAAUGCCGGCCUGUAAUUUCCUGCGGUCGGUGAACCAGCCGGCGCCAGUGGCCUACAGCAGCACGCCCGAGCGCUUCAUGGCGCAUGCGUCCUUCCUGGUGGGACAGCGGGUGACGCGGCCCGGCAGCGAUCUCAGCCACGAGUCCGGAUACCAGGCCCUGAGGCUCGCCACCGAACUCGUGCCCGCGACCCUGGCCGUUCUGGGGCCCGAUCUGGUCUCGCCCUUUUUCGCCGUGCUCUUCUACUUCAUACUCAUCCUCUUUGGCAUCGCGCAACAGUUGGCAAUCUGGCAUUGCGUUAUAACUGGAAUAAUGGCUAUAAACACUAAGAUGAUGAAGCUCUGGGAAACGACCAUUACCUUCUUCAGCUGUGCUUGCGCCUACGUUUUGGGCCUCCCAAUGACAACGGAGCUGGGGAUUUACGUGGUGUACUAUCUGGAUUACACGGUCGGCGGCGCCUGGUGGAUCAUGCUGUUGUACCUGGUGCAGGUGGGCGCAGUGUUCGCGGUCCGUGGCAGACCACAUACGGGCGAUGCCGUCGUCACCGAGCUCUUCCCGCCCACCGGCAGGUGCUUGCGGUACUGGGCCGCUCCUUUGCUGUCCUUCACCUGGAACGUCAUACUGCCCAUCUCGCUCAUGAUACUUAGCAUAACGAUCUUCAAGAGCGCCGGCUACCGAGACCUGUUCACGUAUCGGCGGACCAGCAAGGACUACUGGGCCAUUUGGGCGCGUCAACUCGGCGCUUCGAUACAGCUGAUACCUUUGCUGAUAAUACCAGUCGUGGCGCUCAUACAGACCUGCCGCUACUUGAACACCGGACCACCCGACAUAUUCGACCGCAUCCAGCUGCUGUACCGUCCGCCGCUCGACCCCGACGACGCGCAACACGGCAUCCAGACCCAGGUGGGCGGGGCAGCCGGGGUGCCGGGGCUCCAGGGCAACGGUCUCGUGUCGAGCACCACGGAACUGCCGUUCGAGGACCCGCCGCCCAAGUACACGCCGCCGCCGAGCUACACCACCGCCACCGGCGCCCGCAUCGCCAAGAUGCUCCGGCAGAGCUUCCGGCGGAGCGUCAGGCGGAUAGCCAACGUCCUGGGCGAGGGUGGGAGCGGCCCCAGGCAGCGGCCCACCCUCCAGCAGCAGCCCCCGCCGCCCGACUACGCGGCCGUUCUCGUCGAGAUGAACCAGAGCGUGUCGUCCGGGGACGUGGCCGCGGUCACCUGUCACGUGUGGAACGACAACCGCAGGGAAAUUGCCGUUUGCCCCAACAACAAUGAGGUCCACGUAUUCAAGCAGGGCGCGUCCAGCGGGGGCUGGAAGCUCACCGAAAUCCUGCAGGAGCACGACCAGCGGAUAAUGGGGAUCGAUUGGGCUCCAAAGACCAACCGCAUAGUCACCUGCGCCGCCGACAAGAACGCGUACGUCUGGACGCAAAACGACGACGGCAAGUGGACGCCUUCCUGGGUCCUGCUGCGCACCAACAGAGCCGCAACCUGCGUCAAGUGGUCCCCCAACGAGGACAAGCUCGCCGUUGGCUCUGGCGACCGGAUCAUAUCGGUCUGCUACUUCGCUUCCCAGAACAACUGGUGGGUGUCCAAGCACAUAAAGAGGCCCCUGCGCUCCACCGUCACCUCGAUCGACUGGCACCCAAACAACAAGAUCCUGGCCGCCGGAUCGACCGACUACAAGACUCGGGUCUUCAGUGCCUACGUCCGGGACAUCGACCAGGACAACUCCGACAGCUCUUGGGGCGCCAGCUCGAGUCUGGGAACACUUCUGGUCGAGUUCUCCAACUCGGUGAACGGGGGUGGCUGGGUCCACGACGUCGCCUUCUGUCCCAACGGCACGAAGCUCUGCUGGGUGGGCCACAACUCGUCGAUUUGCGUUGCGGACUCGUUGAGGGCCAACGUGGUUGUGAGGCUGCUCACCGAGUACCUGCCCUUCCUGCAGUGCGUCUGGCUCGACAGCAAUCACAUAGUCGCUGCUGGCCACGACUGCAUGCCCAUGGUCUACAAGCUCGAUGAGUCUGGAAAGCUGAGCUUUGCAGUUAAGCUCGACAAUACCCAGAAGAAGGAGGCGGCCGGUCUCACUGCCAUGAGAAAGUUUCAAUCGUUGGAUAGGCAAGCCAGGACAGAGAUCAACGACAGUGCACUGGAUAGCAUACACCAGAAUACCAUUACCUGCAUCAGGAAACUGUCAAAGACCAGGUUUAGUACAAGUAGUCUCGACGGCCUUCUAGUCGUUUGGGACGUCAAAGCUCCGGAAUUGAUGAUGAAUUCGCUGAGGAUUAGUUAAUCCAAUUUCUAUUAGACAAUACUACUAAAUAACGUUAUUUCAAUUUAUCGUUCAAAACGUACAAUUACAAAACUAUCUUAUAAGUUUAUAUUGUUUGCAUUAUCCUUUUUAUUUGUUAAAUUUGUCAAAAUAAAUUAUUUUACUCUUUUGACAGUAAAAAAUUUAAAUUCACUGCAGUAUUCAAAUGUUGUAUAAAUAUAUAUUACUGUAUAAUUGUUACUAAGCUCUAUCCCUAUACUUUGUAUUGAUAUUUUGUAUAAAAGUCCUACAUGAGGAUGCUAGUAAAAUAAAAAUGAAUAAAUGGAAAGUUAAAUAAA